AUUUUUCUUGGUUGGAGAGAUUUUUAAAUGGUAGAGUCAAAAGGGGUUGCUCUUAAAUGAAUCCACAACAACCGAGCAGUCAUCUUCAUCCUCAUUCUCCUCUGUUUCUAUCUGCAUUGGAAAUAAUGGUUCCCAUCCCACAUUUUGUUAAUUCUUCCUUUUAAAUUCAGUUUUCUGCGGCCCAAGAAUCUCUCUAAUGGCGUCACUACAUUCCCACCAUGCCUUUAACUCUUCCUCUUCCCACUUCCUCCAUGAUUUGUCCGAUGAAAACUUCGCAUAUGAGUUACAGCUCCAAGAAGCAAUCACUUCCUCCUUAUCAUCAACUCCAGCAGAAAUCCCCAAUAAUAAUUCUUCCCCAAAGCCCCAAGAUUCAAUCUGUACAAUCUGCACGGACGCCAAAUUGGCUUCCGAAAUGUUCACAAACGGACUCUGUUCACAUACCUUCUGCACCGAUUGCAUUUCAAAGUACAUCGCCGCAAAGCUGGAGGAUUCAAUGGCGGUGAAAUGCCCGCAGCCCAAGUGCGGGACGUUGCUGGAGCCGGAGAUGUGUAGAUCUUUCAUUCCGAAAGAGGUGUUGGAGAGGUGGGGUGAUGCUCUGUUUGAAGCGAUGAUUCUGAAGUGGAAGAGAUUGAACUGUCCGUUCAAAGACUGUUCGGCGCCGAUGAUUUAUGAGGGGGAUGAGAAGGGGGUGACGGCGGUGGAAUGUCUGAACUGUUGGAGAUUGUUCUGUGCGCAGUGUAAAGUGGGAUGGCAUGGGGAUAUGGAAUGUAGAGAGUUUGAGAAAGUGCGGAAGGAGAACACAGAGGAUAUGAUGACGAUGAAACUGGCGGAUGAGAAGAAAUGGAAGAAAUGCCCUAAUUGCAAAGUUUAUGUUGAGAAAACUGUAGGUUGCGUCCAUAUUAUCUGCAGGUGUGGAACGCAAUUUUGCUACAGCUGUGGAGCUAAGUGGGGUGGUGGCCAUGCUUGUCCAAACUCAGCUUAUGAACAUUCCAUGAUGGAGGCAGAAUAUGUAGUUGCUUGUGAAACUACUAAGAAAGCUGUAUGGCUUAGACAAUUUCUGGCAUAUUUAGAAGUUGUUCCAAAUAUGACAUUGUCUGUCACCCUUUAUUGUGAUAACACUGGUGUAGUGGAAAACUCCAAGGAGCCUUGUAAUCCAAAUGAGAUUUCCUUGGAGCACAAUAUUGCCGAUCCAUUUACAAAGGCUCUAACGGCUAAAGUUUUUUAG